AUGGCAACGAUUAAUUCCACCAAAGAAAUGACUAAACCAGCUAUGAGCUAUAUAGCAUUAACAACAUUAGCUAUACAAAAGAGUCCAGAUCUAAAAUGUAGUUUAAAUGGUAUUUAUAAAUAUAUUAUGGAUCAUUAUCCUUAUUAUCGAGAAAAUAAAGAAGGAUGGAAAAAUUCUAUUCGACAUACUUUAUCGUUAAAUGAUAUUUUUGUUAAAGUUAAACGAGAUGAUAAACAACCAGAUACAACAACAGAUGAUACUGAUUGUUUAGAAUUACCAAAACAUGCCAGUGACUUUUUCACUCCAAAAAUGGAAUCAGUCGAAGCUAGUGAAUCAGGUGAUUAUUUAUCAUUCUACACUCAUCCAUCAUCAUCAAUGAAAAUACCAACCUUUAAUCUUUUUGAUACAAUGGCAGCUGCUGGAAUAUAUGAUUCAACUAUUAGUUCAUCAUCCAAUGGUAAUAAUAAAACUAAUCUUCAUUAUACUGGACAACACAUCUAUUCCACAAAUAAUAAUGAUUAUACUUCUCCUAUUUCACCAUCAAAUGAAUAUUGGUCGUAUUCAACGCAAUCAUAUUUUCCAGGUACACACAAAACAAUAUAUGAUCAAUCAAGCAUCUUCAACGUCAACGUCUAA